AUGCGAGCCCGGUCAGAAGCUGUAGUUUCACGAAACAGCCGUCGACCAAGGUCUAGAGGAUCAACUGCCAGUAUCCAUUCCAGUACCACGCAACAAACACAGGACCAGCAGAUCGCCGAUGGGUUUUCCCAGUUUAUGCCCUCCCAAUCCGCCGCUGGUCACAAUGUCUUCGCGAGUAAUCCCGAAGACAUCAUUAUUCGGUUUGGCCAGCAGAUCUCGCAUCCUGUGAAUGGCACCUCGCUCGAUCCGACACUCCAAGAUCCUCAUCAUUCAGUGCUUCCUAGGGCAGAGGAAUUUCCGAGCCAUGCAAUGCACGGGCAUAGCCUCUCUCACCAUUCCAUCCCUUCAGGCCUGUCGCAUCACGGUCUGCCUGCCAUGCCGAUCCCUCAGUAUCAAGCGAUUUACGAUAAUAAUAUUGAAAAUCACUUGCCGGAGCACGUGCUAGAAGACAAUGAGAACUCGGAGACUGGUGCGAAGAAGAAGAAAGGUUCCAAUUCAUCACUAGCGAAUGACAAUGAACUGCGAAAGUUGCUCCGUCAGUACGAGGGCUAUUCGCUCAAGCAAAUGGCGGCAGAGGUUCUGAAACAUGAAGGGGCUGGGGGCAAGGCCGAGAAAGUUAAGCAGGUCUUUGCCAUGAUCUGGUUGAGAGAGAAUUGCCGGAAGAGCAGCGGUUCUGUCCGACGAGACCGUGUUUACUGUUGCUAUGCAGAGAAAUGUGGCACCGAGCGUGUGUCAGUCUUGAAUCCGGCUUCUUUUGGUAAACUCGUGCGCAUCAUAUUUCCGAAUGUGCAAACCAGACGCCUUGGUGUUCGUGGAGAAUCCAAGUACCACUAUGUGGAUUUAACGGUCAUCGAGGAAAAACAGCAGAAGCCGCCGCCGUUGAACCCGCAGGUCUCGUCGAUCACCAAUGGCCAAAUUGGUGGUAGCAUAGAAAACAAACUUGACGGAGCCAUGCAGAAGAGUAUUCUACCACCGCCGCCAACAGAUACCGCAGUGUUUCCUUCACCAACUGCGUCAUUUACACCUAGGUUCUCAACGAGUUCCUCGAACGCAGGAUGUAGCUGCCAAGACACCGCUAGUCCCAACGGUGACCACAGCAUUACCCUCGAGAAUGUCGGAAACCAUUCUGGGAAACUGAUUCAUCAGAUGCUCCACCUACCGUCCGCCGAGGGCACGUCUAUGGACAACGACUCCUUCCAACUGCCUGAUAUACGGGGCUAUCUUCCCGGUAAUACUGAUACUAAGGUGGCGGCGGCUCUUGCAGCCCUUUACCGCUCCCAUUGUAUCUCCGUAAUUGAUAGCUUCCGCUACUGCAAGGAGCGGAACCUCCUCCGCUAUUUCUCCGCUUUUCAUGGGACCUUGACGGUUCCAGUACAGAAGCUGCUGACACACCCAAACCUCGCUCCCUGGAUCAAGGAGUGUGAUUGGCUCAUGUACCAGAAGAUGAUUGCGUUCGUGGCACCUCUCACCACGCAGGUUGUUCCCAAACUUGUCCUGGACGCUUUUAGCUCGAUAUCACAACGGCUGACUGCUCAUAUUGGUGAGACGUUCAAAGCGCAACCUGCACAUGUCAGCCUGGCAAGGUUAAUACCGGCCCAUAUUUUCUGCAAUCUGCUCAGGCACAUGCUUGAUGUAAACCAAUCAGCCAAUGCGGCCGCAGCAUGGCUGUGCCAUCCUGAUAAUAGGAACCAGAUGUGGUUCGAUUUUAAAACGCUUGUUGAUGCAAAGGAGAUGAUCUCACGAGCGAACAUUCCCACAUGCGCGGAGCGGGCGGCAGAGCAGAUACUGAAACAUGACGUUCGAGCUCUGCUAACUCCUGUGGACGACCUGAACCCCUCUGCCUCUCACCCGUUCUUCACGAAGCCAGACACGGAAGAGGAUCGCGCGGCUCAUAAAUAUCCCGUCGAGGCGUCCGCUGGCGAGGAGUACAACUUUCCGGAUAAGUGGAUAUCUUUUAUACUUAGCCUAUCCUCCGCAUUUCCCCACCAUCGCACGCAAUGCGUCAUUGAAAAGGUCGACGCCUUAUGGGAUUGCAUUCUCCGUCGAUUGACCCUUGGCGGUGCGCAAAGCUUCAGCGCCUGGUGGAUGACGAAAGUUUUCUUUCACGAGAUGAUGUUAUGGCAGGCCGAAAAGAAUGGUUUUAUGCGUUUCACACCGAGCACCUUGCAAAAUAUGAGUUAUGGCUCUGACCAACCCGGUCCGCCCAAUUUUCUGCUGAAACAAUCCAGCGGUCCAUCUCCUGAGAAGAAUGGCCCUUUUAGCGCCUCUGAUGCGCAGCAGGCUAGUGAUCGGUCAAGGUCCAGUACAAGUCCUUCAUCGGCGGAUGUGAAUCCCCAAACCAGGACAUCACUCAAUCGACCGCCGUCAGACGCAGGCCCAAAUCAAGCCUCGGUGGAAACUGAAAAGCCACCUAGCAUCGCUGACAACAUUGCCAGUUUUCACGCUCCCAAUAAUGACGAUAGUGCUAUUGACCUUGACGAUGAUUCAAUGCUCAUGUCCGUGGGCAAAUAUGGUGAUAUGAUGGCCUCUGACCCAGCAGACGCUGAAGGAGAUGUUGUCGUCAUCUAG